AUGGUAAGUGAAGAAGAAGAAGCAGGUGAUAAUGAGAUGCAAAUGCGUAAUGGACAACGUUAUGGAGGAAUGAUAGUUGAUCGUUGUGGCAACUGUUUUUUUAAUUAUGGCUUACUACAAAUAGCUGUUUACAUCAGUCAUGGCAUCAUAAAGACUAUAAGAACUAGAUAUAAUUGCCUGUUCCUACUUGAAUUGUUUCGCUACUUGAUCCGGUUUUACAAUUCCCGUAUUACAUGUCUCAAAUUACAUGGUUGCUGCAAAGUGGCGACGAAAGGAUAUUGUACUAAGCUCAGUCAUUUCAGGAUUAUAAAAACGAACCAUAGUUCAUGUACGGUGAACUCUUUGGCAAAUAAUACGAUUAUUUAUCACAAUAUAGUAAUGCCUAGAACCAGUAAUGGAACGCCAUUUUUCCAGUUCGGGUUUUCAGGAGUAAUUCAAUUUUUCUUAAAGCCAUGUAGUGCCAGAAGCACAGUUUACUUUGAGAAGCCCAUUUGCUCAAUAAAGGGAUUGUCACUAGGGCAAAUCAGCACAGCAUGUCCUUUUGGUAAUACACUACACAAUGGGAGCUUAAAAUUUGCGUGUGAUGCUACAAGUCGGACUUUCUUUGGUGGAAUUGAACUAAAGUCGAAUAAAGAUGGCUCAAUCAGUUUGAAGGACCAGUCUAAAUAUUGGCUUUGGGGGAUGGAAGUGCGUAGAGAACAAUAUAUUAUUAGUGUUAAAUGCUUUUGA